UCCAGCAGUUGGAGUACGAUAGUCUGUGUGAUAGGAUGAGUUGUAGUCUGCGCUCUUCACCCACCCUACUCGCACACCUACUUAAUGUGUUUACCCACGCUAUUGCAGCAUCGAUCACUCAAGUAAAGUGUUGUCUCUUUGUUAUCACAUGUACAAACUGAACAGUGCAUAGCAUUCAGGUAUAGUAAGGUGAGCGCUGGUUCCCCAGUGAGUAGAGUGUGAAGUAAGGUGGAGGUGAGCCGUGGUAUUGUUCCACCAUGGCUCAGUAAGGCGAGGAUAUGGCUGCCAGCAGCACACCUUCAGCCAUCAGUGCCCACCAUACUUUACACUCAUAUUACAGUGCUAGAGCUAAACUUGCUGCCUGGAAGGACCCUUAACAUUACCUCACCUCGACCAUAGCUGCCUCGAACCUCCUUUGUGUCUUAUAUAACUGGUGUAGUGUAAGUAGUGCCAUCUCAAUAGUUCUUGGGUACUCAAGCCAUGGUGAUGAACACGUUUCGCUCCAAGUUGCGGCGGCGCCGCGACGAGCUGUUUCGACGCGGCUCCGACGAAUCUGAUGAGUGGCAGUUCGUGCCCUUCAACCCCACCGUGUACCCGGCCAACAACAACAACACACUACACAACCAUAGCAACAACAAGGGCGGGGGGUCGUUCCCAGGGGGCUCCGGAGCUCCCAGCACCCCCAAGCCUGCCCUUCGCCCCUGGGCUAUGCAGCGAGCCUCCUGGCACGAGAGUCAUCCUCCAGUGCCGCCACAUGGACAUGGCUCUGAGGUCAAGGGUUACUUCCCUCUGCCGCCAUGCCCCGAGACAUCCCCGCCCCCGCUGCCCCCACAUGGACACGGCUACCCUGGGUCCGUGCCUCCGUGGUACGGAGCACAGUUCCACGCAGCGCCUAUGCACUACCCAGCCUCCGUGCCCCCAGGGCAGCUGAGGCCCUCACCUGUGGUGCUGCGCCGCGCAGCGCGUGCUUCUGAACCAUCAUCUAACAGACCUAGUAACGAUACCACUAAGCCUACAACCGGUGGACCCAGGCCUAUCACCGGAGAUCCCAGGCCUACCACCAGUGAUUCCAGGCCUACUACCAGCGAUUCCAGGCCCACCACCAGUGAUCCAAGGGCUGUCACCGGCGGCCCCCGCCCUACCACCGGUGGACCUAGGCAUACCACCGGCGAUCUCAGGCCUAACAGCGGAGGGUUUAGUGGAGGGCCUAGGAAUACCGGUGGAGGAUCCAGGCCUACCAGUGGAGACUCGUGGCCUACCAGUGGAGAUUUCAGGCCUAACAGUGGAGCAUCUAGACCUAACAGCGGAGAAAUUAGGCCUAAUAGUGUAGGGCCUAGUCCUUGCAAAGGAGGUUCUCGUCCUAGCAGUGGACACUGUAAGUCUCGCCCAUCCAGCGGAGGCUCUGACGCCCUCGACGGUGUAGUAAUUAGUCCAGAACACACACCACCCGAGGUGCCCCCACACGGACGACCCGCUGUGCCACCCCACCUCACCUGCCAGAGAAACAAGGUGCCUACCACUGUGCCCUCACCAGUGCCCCCGCCCCCGAACCUGCCCCUUCCACCUCCCCCUGUACCUGCACACGCACCCGACACUCCUACCACUGAACACCCGAGCCCCAACUUUGCCCCGGUCAAGCCCAACAGCCUUAAUCUGGAGCACUUGACACCUUUCUUGGCGUCCCUCCUCAACAUGGAGGCCAGCCAGGAGCAACACGAAGAAUCUCCAGAUUCACCAGAGUAUAAGAUUCCCGUGGACCAGUCUCCAGAGUACAAGUCUCCGUGUGACUGUCCAGAUUGUUACCCAGGCGAGAAGGGUAGCAGCAGUACUGUUAGUUCGAGCGGUGGUAGCAACAAGGAACAGCGGCGGUCUGAUCCAGGCAGUGCAGCUGCCCUGGCUCUAGCCAACCACCACGCCAACAACACCAACACCACCACCUCCAACAAUGCCAGUGCUGCCUCCACCAGCACCUACAUCAGUGGGGUAGACCUGCCCAACAAUGGCUCAGACACUAUAGAGGACUUCGCCUCCCCUGAGUUACCACUGGCUAACCUCGCCUCCACAGACGGCGC